AUGCAGUUGCAUAAGGCCCUAGAGAGCAACAACAUGAAAUGCCUUAUGGUAACUUCCAUCCUUGUGAUCUUCCUAACUCUGUCUCUGGCCCUGAUGAACACCAAUGACAGUCAUCCUCUGGAUGGGUCUGAUGGGACUCAAAUCAUCCAUGUUGACACUUCCAGAGGUAUAGUCAACAUCCGAGACAACAAUGCACUUAGUGAAUGGGAUGGAAUCUUGGACUACAAGAAUAAUCUCUUGGCCGCUAAGCUGUUUAGCAAGAUGGCCUGUGUGCUGGCAAAGAUGGACCAAGCCUUCUUCCCAAGUUUGAACCACAUCAUCAAGGCCCUGGGCAAGAAGGCUUCCAGUCAUUACCCAGCCACCCAUGGCCUGGCCUACACUGUUCUACCCAACAGAGUGAAGAAUUUAGCCCAGUAUGGAACGCCUAUCAAGGAUUUGUGCAGAGCAGUCCCUGCCUACUUUGUUCAGCCGCAAAAAGAAGGUACUGCCUUGGCAAUGGAUCCUAACUCCUGUUUUGAGGUCCAGCUUUUGUCUUUUAUGGGAAUAUCCAUCUGUGGUGAGAUUUCUGGACUCUGA